AUGCAGUGGUCGACAGCAUAUGGAAUCCCGGCCGCCAUUGCAGUCUCGGGCGGGUGGUCAUUGUGGCAGCAGCACGUGCGGACUUUCCGAGCUCUCCACUACUGGUGGGUUCCAGAUUCGACCUUCAUCGACAUGUUGCCACAACAAGUGUUUUUUCCACUUCACAACGGGCAGGAGUGGGCCGCGGGCGACCAAAAGACAGCCGCCAAGUCAACUUACAUAUCCAAGAUGGUCAGCAGCAACUUGAAGUUCAAGGCCGGUUGGGUUCGACAGUUCGUGUCCAACAUCAACUUGGAGUUGCAGGAAGUACAAUCUCUUCUUUUCGAUCUUGGGUCAGCAUCGAAUUAUGAUGUUGCUUGCAAGUGGCUCCGAGACAACCGAGCCAGGUGGUCAUCCUGGACACCACCGAAGACGGACUGCUACGAAGGUUUUGGAUUGGUUGAUACCUCAGGAGCUUUUGUCUCCAACAGGGCAAGUGCUGUUGGAUGCGGUCUGUGCCAGGCCGGAACUGCAUCUGAGGUGCUCAUUGAUGCUGAGGGAAGCACCUUCCAAUGCAAACCAUGCCCUCCAGGCUACAACCAAUCAAACACGUACUCCACCCAGUGCGAGCCGUGCCCGAGUGGCUCUUCGGCCAGCUCGUCUGGGAGCGCAACGUGCCAUCUUUGUGCCAUAGGCACUUACCAGCCGGAUACAGCUCAGACCUCCUGUAUCCCAUGCAGUGCUUCCCAAUCCACACUCUCUCAAGGCACUGUGUCUGCAGCAGACUGCGUUCCGGACUCGUCGAACCCUAACCCUACCGACCUGUGCAUCUUUCAGUGA